AUGAAUGUGUUGUCCGAGAUUGGAGACAAGACCUUUUUCGCAGCCUCUAUAUUGGCAAUGCGCCAUCCGAGAAGACUCGUGUUGUCUGGAUGCCUUUCAGCUUUGAUAGUAAGAUAUAUUUCUCUCGACUUAUUAUUUGAGGAUGACGAAUUGGCUGAAGUGGAGCAAGAACUGAAUGCUGAUCUGAAAGGUGGUAAUGUUGGAGGAACCAAAGAGAAUAAUAAGAUUGCGACCAUAGGUUUGGCUGCGGAUGAGAAUCCAUUUGGUGUUGUUCUUGGUGGAGUACUAGGACAAGCUUUGUGCACUGCAGCUGCUGUCCUGGGAGGAAAGAGUCUGGCAGCUAAAAUAUCUGAAAGAAUGGUUACGCUAUUCGGAGGAAUUCUAUUCAUUGUUUUCGGAAUUCAAUCCUUUUCUUUCAACGGUUGA